GACUGGAAACACUCUCCAUCCACGACUGCAAAACCAGCAGCACUCAACAUCUCAGCCUCAUCCUACUGACAAUGACCGCAAAAAACCGACAGAAGAGCAGCUCCGGCGAGAAGAUCGCUGCAUCUAGCCAAGAUGAUGCGUCGAAGAAAAGCCAAAAGAGUACUACUAGUAAUGGGGCGAGUGGCUCCGGACCCCAGGGGCCACGGUCAGGUAGCUGCCUCGGACUCCUUGUAACCACAGUGUUUUAUAUCGCGUUGAUAGGCGCUGCAGGGUUCGCUGCUUUUUAUCUACAGCAAGUUGUGGAAGAAAUCCGGGAGGCCAACGCCAAACAAGAGGAGAGCGCACAGCAAAACGCACAACUGGGCAGUAAAAUGGAGAGUGUGGUUCAACAGGUGGAGUCUCUGAGGAGUGUUGUGGAUGGGCUGGAGUCAUCACUGGGCAUCACACGGGUGGAGCUGGAGGGGGCCAUCAGCCGGAUGAAGAGGGGGGAAGUGGAGACGAGGCGGGUGGAAGAGGCCCUUCAGAACCUCCAGAACGAUCUACUCAGGGACCUCUCAGAGGGCAUCAACGAGGUAAAGGAGGCUCGUGAGAGGGACUUCUCCUCUCUGGAGAAGACUGUCGAGGAGCGCCUGGCUGAGGUGAGUCAGUCCAUCAAAGCCAGCAUGGCAGAGUUCACCGAAGCUCAGGGCGAGGCGCAGAGCCAGCUGGCUGACCUCAAAGCCCGUCUGGGUGACAUGGAAGACCCCACGCUCAUCAAACAGGAGCUCUCUGCCAUUGUUGAGGCUGUAGCUGAAAUCAAAAGUGCCAAACAGGAGGCCGACUCUUCAGCUAAUUCACUCAGGCAGCAGAUAGGUGCUGUGAGGGAAGAGCUCCAGACUCGCAACCAGGAGGUUGUCUCACUGUCUCAGGAAGUCGAAACAGUGAGGUCAGUGGUGCAAGAGACUGUUGGAAGUCUGAAGGAGUCACUGUCUACGACAGAGGCUGAAGUUCAGGCUCUGAAGGACAAAUCGCUGACAGUGGAGAGCAGGGUGGAGCAGGCCGCUGAUGCUGUUGGUAAUGUGGAGAAGCAGGUGAAUGCCGCAGCUGCUCAGGCCCAGAAAACGUCAGAUGAUCUUGAAGUUAGAGUUAAAGCAUCAGAGGAGAGCGGAGAUUUAUUGUCUGCAUCCAUGUCAGAAAUCACCUCCAAAGUGGAAUCACUAUUUGCAAAGUAUGACACACAUGAAAGUUCCCUGGCUGCACAGGGUCAGGCUGUGGAGAAAGCCAAAACUGGCUUGGAACAGGAGCUGGAGGCAGUGAAAAGCAGCCUGCAGGAGCUCCGGUCCAACAUGGCCGCCCUGGGUGGAGACCAAGCCAAGAUAGCUUUGAAGGACUCCAGUCUGGAUCAGCAGGUGGAGGACCUGGAGAAGAGGCUUGCUGCUCUGGAGGACAGCAGCAGCAGGAGCAUGAAGCCUGAACAGCUGGAGAACUUACGGGGGGCGGUGGCUGGAUUGGAAGACAAAGCAGCCAAACUGGAACGACAUGAUCAGGCUAUUUCUGCACUUCAGGAAGCGCUGCAGGAGACCACGCAGACGCUCGCAGGCUUAUCCAAAGCACCCAGCAAGAAGAAGAAGAAGGAGGAGUAGGGAGCUUCAGCCACCAUAGGUACAUGGGGACACCAAAACAUCUAUCAACAGAGACAAUAAUGAAUCUGAACGGGUGACCAUAACUCACUUUUCCUAAUUUUAUGAAGAAUUAGUACUCAAACCUUGCUGGUGCAAACUUUAGUAGAAAAGAAGUGAGGAAAAUUGGGUUCAGUCAGGAGAGAAGGGCAGAGCUGGACUGCUGAUCUGUGAAUUCACAUCCACACCCAAUCUGCACUGUAGUUUUGUUUUCUAAUGUUUUUAAUUGUUUUGUUAGACUUUAGAAAUUUUCUGUGCCAAAGCUGUUUUAUUGAACCUCCAAAUGCAAUAAUAAGCUCUUGUUGAGCACUCCUUUGUU